AUGGAUGGCCCUAGUGAACAUCAACUUAAAGAAAACGAAGCAAAUGAGAAUCAGGGAGAAAAGGCACAGGAAGAGCAUUUUGAAAGUGCCAGUGAGUCUAGCUUCGGAUCUGGUACUGUUGCCGAGGAGUCCGAAUCCGAGAGCGAAUCAACAGAAGAUUCUAAGGAGGACGAAUCUGAAGAAAGAUCGGAGAGUAAUGAUCCCCCUGUACUGGAUACUUCUGUGGUGAUGGAUACCCAGGUGAGCGCAGACCAACAGAGACCGGUGAAGGAAGGGAGCGGGCCUCCUAAAAGUCCACAAGAACAAAUCAAAACCGGUGGUAAGGCCAGGGCAAAGGCCAAGACUCGUUCAUCUAGGGCUGGGCUUCAGUUCCCCGUGGGCCGUGUGCAUAGGCUGCUGCGUAAAGGCAACUAUGCCCAGCGUGUUGGCGCUGGUGCACCGGUGUACUUGGCUGCCGUGCUCGAGUACCUGACUGCUGAAAUUCUGGAGUUGGCCGGUAACGCUGCCCGUGACAACAAGAAGACUCGUAUCAUUCCCCGCCAUCUGCAGCUGGCCGUGCGCAAUGACGAAGAGUUGAACAAACUACUUGGUGGAGUGACCAUCGCUCAGGGUGGUGUGCUGCCUAACAUCCAGGCAGUGCUGCUGCCUAAGAAGACCGAGAAGUCCAAGUAAACCAGCUCUCUCCAAGUCUCCGAAACAAAGGCUCUUUUAAGAGCCACCCAAAUGUCUAUGAAAACAAAUUCCAAGUUGACUUGACGUGGUGUG